AUGGCCGUUCGCAUGAAGAUGAGUCGGCUGCUGAAUGACAUCGGAGAGUCCCUGAAGGAUCAAGAGCACUUGGCUCAAGACGCGCAACAGAGCACGAGGAAAGCUCUGCCAACCAAGGGGUCGCCGACAACAGACGGGCUGUCCCCAUCGAAGGCUAGCCGGAUUCUCGCCAUGCCUACCCACAACCUGGGAACUCCCCAGUUUACCGUCCACCGGGCCACGAGCCCUACGCUUCCGCUGCUCGUUCCCCGCCUCGAGGCGUCUCCGUCGACUACUCCAUCACAGGAAUCGGAGCUGAAGGUUUACGCAAAACGAUACCCAGAGCCCUCCCAGCUGCCUGACGUCGGACCACAAGCUGUGCAGUCAACCAUAGCGCGCCACGUCAGAAACGUUGGUCGACCUAGGGCAGACGGAACGGGUGCCCAAAGAACAGAUGACUGGGGACGCAGCGGCCUUAUCACCCCGAAUGAGAAAGACAUGAUUGAUGGUGGAUUCGGGACAACUCUCACCCUCACUGACUCCCCAUUGACAAAGCCCAUCUGCGUGCACUCUUCGAACCACCCCAGCUGGGUCGAGCCACAAAACGGCACAAAGCUCUCGGAUGAAGACGUUUAUCUCGCCUCAAAGCACUAA